UUUGGUCUGCCUGUGUGUGUGUGUGUGUGUGUGUGCAUCAAGUCUCUACAGGCCUAAGCUGACUUUACAAAGUAAAAAAUUCCAGAAGGAGGCAAAUGUAUUCUCUUGUUCAAAGAAAGUAAAAGAUGAAUACACAAAGCAGGGGAAAAAGAAAUGACAGAAAUUCUAAAGUGUUUUACAUGAAAUUGGCCAAAAAUGGGAAACCAUCCGACACAGACUAAUCCAGGAAGUGGGCUACUUGAGGCCAGGUGAACGGCAUUGCAUCCAAUCAGACUCACGACCAGCAGCAGUGUGUGAAAGCUCAAUGUGAAUCACUUGUUUUUGACAAGUGAAGCGCAUGGAUCGACAACACCACUGCGGCUUAUUUUAAGGUCUGGUAGAAACCCUGGCAAAAGAAGCUGUCCAUCAUGUUAGAAACCUCUUCUCUCCACUCAAGACUCUUGUUGGUUUGUGCGCUGGCUUGUGCAGCUGUCAUGCCGUUCAUCAUGUGUUCAGAUGCUGCAGUAGCCAGUCCCCCAAAAAACCACGUGGACACUGGAGUGAGGCACAUCGUCUGGAGACGACUGUAUACUCCACACAGUCAACACCGUCCCCUCUUUUCUGGUCUGCCAUCACUCCAAACUGGAGCUAACAGCGAAACUGAGAAGAGUGGGAAUUACGGAGGAGCCUCGUCAAUCAUUUACCAUCAAUCAAAUCCGCCACGGUUAACAGAAAGUAGCUUCAGCUACAGUAACAGUCCAGAUAACAAACCAUCCCGAGCGGGAACAACUAGUGUGCCGAGUGGAAUGAGCCCGGCAAGCAGCUACCGCCCUCUCUCUUAUAAUUCAUACCCAGUUAUCAAUAAAAAAACAUCUUACAAAGAGGCUGCCAGUCCCUUCCAUCAGAGCUCCAGUCCUCCAGAAGGGUGGGACUCCAAAGAAGCUCACAGAUCCUACAUCAAAGAAAAAGUUCCCAAAAAUGACUCUCCCUCUCUUUUUUCCUCUCAGACUAGUAGAUAUUGGAGUUCAUCGCGGCUAACUUCAAGAGGGCUUUAUAGUGGCUAUAAAGAGACAAAUGAGCACUCUUCGGCCGGGGCGCAGAGAACAUCUAGUGGGAUUCGAUUAAGCAAAUCUUUCGGCCCCGCGAGUCAAACUGCCCCUCGUGCACCAUCAAUCAGCAGCAGCUCUGUUAUUAAAAGCAUCCCCAGCCCAGAAAAGCUGACACCAUCCAACACAGAUUUCUCCCAGGGGUUGCACUCUGCGUCCGGCAGCAAGACACCAAGACUCAAAAAGAUCAAGUCGUAUCUGUUCAAGGACUCUCAACCUGCUUUUGGUGGACAUGAGACAGUUCAAACGGUCCGAGACAAGGGACCACAUAAGCAAAGGGCCUCUGAAGUCACUAGCGGGGUUUCGUCAAAUGUUAAACAAUUACAACAAUCACAAAGAAAAGACCCCACCAAGAACAUACCACAUCGCUCUGAUAAUGCCAAUCCCCUGCAACAUAAUAAUAAUGGGGCCCAUUAUGGUGCUCAGACGGACGGUUUCGGCAAAUAUCGACACACAGCUCGAAUCUCUGCUCGAAGGAAAGACGGCAUCUUGGGAAGUAACUAUGCGACUGGCAGCAGUAAAUCUGUAGUAAGUAGCAUCAGUGAUACAACCACAAGAGGAUCAAUGCAUGCGUCCACACCUGGACAAGCCAUAACAAAACCCUAUGGCUUCAGAAGUUUGAAAAAUUCUAAAUGGAGUGCUGCAAAGGAGCCGCCUAUUCCCUCCUCAAGUGGCUCCAAUGACAGGACCAACUCUGGACGAUCCAGCUUCGACAAAGGAAAGGGCUCUAAAAUCACAAAUAUGAACCUUCCCUUGUCGCCAAAGUAUAGCUCUGGCCGGGGAGAAGCAUCUGCUGCACAGGCGAAACCCGACAGGACACCUACAGAGUACUCUGCACCGUCUCCUGGCACACAUCAGGAUCUCACAUCAGGAUUUAAGGAAGCCCGGCCUCGGCUACCUGAUAGCAACCCAGAUCACAGACGGUUCGGAACCCACAAAAGAAUAUAUGGCUUCAAAGCAUUUGGCCCUCGAACACUCGAGGCAGCCAAACCUCCAGUCAGUGAGCCAGAUGAGUCUGCCAGAGUCCAGCAGGCUUUAGAAGGUUUUAGACUUGGAAGCCUACAGGUCUGGCAACCAAAGAUAAGCCGUAUAAACACAACGAGCCGCACUGAGCCAGGCAGUGAAGACCAUAAACUACUUUUAAAGACGACAGGAAGCGCUGAAUCUGUCUCCAAAGUUACACCUGACGAAUACAAAAAGAAACACAAGAUCGAUAUGCUCUUGGGGUUUCCGUCUAUUCAAAACAGAACUGAAAACGCUGAUGACAAAGCGCACAAAGUAAAUCCGGAAAGUCACAGAAUCUCCUCUGCCUAUUUCAGAUCAGCGGGGGAACUCGACACUGAAUCCAGUCCCAAAUCUGAGCCAGGAACACCGGACAAAACCGAACUUUUCGCAAAGAUGGCGAGCCUGCUCAACAGCUCCACCAGCAGCACCGUGAGAGGCCAAGCGAAGACGCUCAAUGAAUCUGCUCCCAUCAAUGACACUGCAAAGGAAGCUACAGUCGGGGUCGUAGCUCUCACCUACGGCGACAUGCUCGGAAGUGCCUCGUCCAGCGGUGUCGCAGCUACAACCCAGACACCAACCACACCGGCCGACAAGGACGACUUUCGAAACUCCUCUGCUGCAGCCGAGCAAAAAGAAGGAGCGGGGAAUUUGACCUUAAACUCUGAGGAAGCCAUGCGUAGUGGAGACAACACGAGCAGAGGUCCGGAAGACGUUGAGGAAAACAAGAUGAGUCGGGGCCUGAUCGAGGACUUGUUGGAGCUGGAGUAUCUACGGAUAUCAACCGGGAACAUCUCCUUCAAGUCGAUGACCCACACAGAGCCGUGA